GACAUUCCACCUGUUCCACGGUGUUGACAGGCAACUCGUCGACCCAUGAGUGUGUAGGAAUUCUACCUCCGUUGGAGUCCUGCCCGGGUGGAGCUUCUUCGGCCUGUCCUGUUGACAAUGCUUCCAACCCCUCCGGCAUCGCCGUUUCCCACAGGACUAUGCAGUCCAGAUGAGAGACUUGGACAGAUCUUAGCCGGACGGUUCCAACUCACUGCCGUGCUUGGCAUUGGUGCAUACGGUACCGUCUACAAAGCCUGUGAUGUUGAAACUGGUGUUGAAUAUGCUGUAAAAGCGCUGAACAAAGCCGGACUCGACCCACGGCAGCGGACUUUCCAAGACCGCGAGAUCAAAUUGCAUUAUCAGGCCAGCCAGCACAGCAAUGUGGUGUCCAUGGUAAAGAUCCUCGACAGCCCGGAGUGCACGUUUGUUGUUCUUGAGUACUGUCCCGAGGGUGAUCUCUUCGCAAAGAUCACCGAGGAAGGCCACUACAUUGGCGACGAUUACAAGGCCAAGUCUGUUUUUCUGCAAAUUCUGGAUGCGGUUCACCACUGCCAUAUGAAUGGGAUCUUCCAUCGCGACCUCAAGCCCGAGAACAUCCUGGUUAAGGACAGUGGCUGGACCGUCAAGCUUGCAGAUUUUGGAUUAGCAACCCAGGAACGUGUCACAGCCGAUUUCGGUUGCGGCUCAACGUUCUACAUGUCUCCGGAGUGCCAGCAAGCAAAUCCGAAGCCGUUUUCUUGUUACGCUUCUGCGCCUAACGACAUAUGGUCCCUCGGAGUGAUCUUGGUUAACCUGACUUGUGGCCGUAAUCCUUGGAAGCGUGCUGCAGUAGACGAUGCCACUUUCAAGGCUUUCUUCCGGGAUCGCAACUUUUUGCAAUCCAUCCUUCCCGUUUCUGACGAGCUGAACUUCAUCCUACAACGAAUCUUCGAGAUCGACCCUAGACGCCGGAUUACUUUGCUGGAACUGCGAGAUCUUAUUAUACGCUGUCCGCGGCUGACUAAUCACCCUGCCGCGACAUCUUUGCCACCUACACCACCUUACUCGCCGAUUCGGCAAGCAGUUGAGCUCCCUUCACCAACACCUUCCACAGCUGACACCAUGGAUGUCCCGCCUAUGGAGCCUCUACCAGGUCUGCAGUAUCCUCCGACCUACGGUGCCAUGCAGGACCAGCAGGUGACGAUCUGCACUCCUUCUCUAACACCACCAGGCUCCGGUCAAUGCACCCCACACAUUGGCCCUUACACAAACCUGCCUGCCGGCCCCAUACCUGCAACGACUGCACCUCCGUUCUUCGUUCAGACCAGCCGUGUACCAGCCAUGCCGGUAUGGUCACGAUGUGGUCAAUUUGUACCGAAUCUGUAUGUACCACGGCCGGGGUGUUUCUGGAAUCUGCCGGUAUACUGAGUUUGACCGGACCAAUUUUGCGAUGGCGCUGGAGGAUAUAUCUGCUACUGGGAUUGACACGAUGUAUUGUGUUUGUACUUCGAUUCACGACUAUGGAUGGCGCUAUGAUGAGACUACAGACCUCGAUAUGACUAUGCUGCUUUUGUGAAGAAGAGUGUUGAUGCCACCCGGAAGCUUUCGUGUAUGAGAUACCCAACUGCAGCGAUUGGCCAGGCGUUGGACUAAAUGGCCCUGGAACGUUUGCUCGAAGCGUUCAAAGAAUUCUGGACGACGUCAAUAGAAAUGGGCCACCAGGGCGUGGGGUAGAAAAUCUGUUAUACCAGGAAUACAGGACUGCUGUACCAUGAAGACGGCCAUGCCACUGAUGGCUUGUAUACAUUACCGUUCCAAUAUCUGGCCGAGGGGCCACGGACAAAAUACCAGUAAUCAGCUUCCCUCAAUUU